UCACAGUGACACUAGCCAAUCAUGGGUGUCUAUGAGCUCAUGCAUGCAGAAAUGGGCGGAAAACACUUUCCUCCGAGGGUGUUACACCACCACCUGACGUAGCAUGAGCAGCAGUUCGAAAAGGUGCAGUCUACUGGCUUCACAUGUCUGGGAGGAAGCACAUGUUAGCCUUCACCCUCCCUGGUUGUUAGCUGUUGCGUGAUAGGGGAGAGCUGCCUGAUGAGUGAGAAUUGGCCCUGACUAAUUUAGGGAAAUUUGGGGAAAAGUAUAGCAUUCAUUUUAACCAUCUUUUUCUCAUGCCUGUUGGCCUGCUAUUAGUUAAAAACUAACCAUAGAUUCUUAUUUGUAAUUAUUUGGAUUCAUAAUAUUAGAUAACAAGUGGAAUGACAUGGGGUCAUUCACCAACCUGGAGAACUUUAACAGCAGAAACACUGUAAACUGUUCAUAUGAUCAUAUGACCCCCUUCGCUGUACUUCUGGUUGACGUGGCACAAAUCAAUGCUCAGCAGUGGAAAAUCCUGUCCUAUAUUAGUUACAUAGGUUGUAGUCUUUCAUCUUUUUUCUCAGCAGUCACCAUCUUCCUCUACGUUUUCAUGAAGAGCUCAAACAGAGACAGUUCCAUCCGUAUCCAUGUGUCUUUGAGUGUAGCCCUUUUCCUCCUCAACACCAGCUUCUUGUUCAUCGAAUGGGGAGCCACUUGGUCUCAUGACAGUGUGUGCGUCUUUAUAGCAGUGAUAAUACAGUACAGCCUCCUGUCCUGUUUCUCUUGGAUGGCCAUUGAAGCCAUACACUUGUACUUGCUUCUAAUCAAAGUGUUCAACACCUACAUCAAGCACUACAUGAUCAAGCUGUCCCUGUUUGGAUGGGGAGUGCCUGCUGUCCUUGUUGGAGGAAGUCUGUGUGUGUUUGGCAGUAAGCCCUUUUAUGGCCCCACACCAGUGAUAUUAUCUAACUCAAAUGAAACAACUAAUUUAUGCUGGAUUACUGACAUUCGCUUUCUGUAUGGCAUGAACAUCCCCUACUUCUCAUUAACAUUCCUGUUCAACACAUGCAUUCUGGUGAUAGUAACGCAUCAGAUCUUUAAGCUGCGAUGCUUGAAUGUCAGUAAGCUCCCAUCCCAUAAGGACAUUUGCACUGUCCUAGGUCUGACCUUCCUCAUGGGAAUGACAUGGGGUUUGGCUUUCUUCACCUCAGGUUACACCAACUACUUCAUUCUUUACCUCUUCUGCAUCUGCAACAGCCUGCAAGGGUUGUUUCUCUUCCUGUGGUUCUACAGUACAACGAAGAAGAACAGGCGUCUGAAGGCACAAUCCUCAAAUACGUCCAAGCCAGCCAGUGCUACACUCAAGUCUUCUAAAAGCAGCUUUUCCUACUGAUCAGAUAUUACGUGUCAUUUUCUGGUGAUGUGGUUAUACAUCAUAUACUGAUAGAUAUUAAGACAGGAACAGAAACAAGUUAUACAAGUUAUUUAAAACUUACUUCAUCACCUCACUCCAUAACCCAUCAGCAGUUUCAAUAUCAGUUGCACGCUGUUGUUCACUUUUUCCAUUAUGAGCCAGAGUUCCUUAUUAUCAACACUACAAAAGUACAUUGUUUUGUAGAAGAUAUAGUGUGUAUAACAUGUAUAAUGAUCCAGUACGUUUUAGACUGAGUACUUAUUAAUUCUUCAUCACCUCCACUUUUGACUACUCUGAUCUGAUCUGAUAUUUUGGGUUUUCAUAUAUAACCUUAUCCUUAAACUACUUUAAAGAAAUUGUGUUUUGUUGUGUAUGUGAUCACAGUGUAUAUUACUUUUAAUAUGAUUAUACAGCUCUCAUACUGUGUUAAAGAGAUGCUGUGAUACUAUGUAGUGACUCGAACCCUUAUUCUUUGAACUAAUAUCAGAGCAGCCCCUGCUGGCCAUACUGGACAUUAACUUCACUUGUGGAUGUGGUUGGAAUAGGAUGGACAAAUUGUUCUUGGAACAGCAAAGCAAUAUGAAUUUCAUCUGUACUUUUACUACCUUAAAGUUAAAUGUAAGCAGUCCACUAUAAACCAUAAUCUAGAUAUAAUUAUAUUUGCGAACAUAAAUUUCCAUUUUAUUUUUAAUAUUGAUGGCAUGAUUCUUUUUUUUUCCAGAAAACCUCAUUCCAAAUGAUUCAUUUUGUGUAAUUUUAAGUUCCUGAAAUGUAAAUUUAUUGUUGUGUUUGUUUAAUACAUACGUAAAAUUUUAUUUUGCUUCAUGAUGUGUCACUGGUAAGUACAGUAAGCUAGUCCAAUUUCAUUGCACUAUUAUAAUAUUAUAUUCAUGCAUUUACUUGUAACUAAUAUUGUGCUGUUUCACAGAAAAAAUUUGUAAAAAGUUGUUAAAGAUGCAGUAGUUGAUUUUUUAUUUCUGUACUUUACAAAUGGCUUGAAAGAUGUAUAGAAUGUGAUAAAAAAAAAAACAGUGGAUUAAGCCUUGGCCUUAGCAACAGUGUAUUAAAUCGCUGAUAUAAUCAUUUGCAAAACAAACUUCUGGUACAAAAUACUUGUAUGUGUUUGGAUGUGCCUCCUGUCAGUCAUUUACACGCUACAGCCUACCCUAGAUCCUGGAGAUGGAGCUUUGUGAACAUGGGCAGAAAUGGUGGAGUGGGCUCACGGAGUUAAAAAAGGUCAUUCAAAAGUCAAAGUCACCUAACCAUUAGAGACCUGGUCUUGCGAAAAAAAAAAUAAAGACUAAUCUUAUUUAAUGCACUUUUUAAAUGUUCUACAAGUAUCAGCUUGAAUCUGAAAAGAAUGAAAAGAACAGAAGCAAAGAAUGAAGUGGGCCUAUGAUAUGAUUCUUAAGGCCAGGAUUGGAUAUUUGAU